CCAUCCUCUUGGUGCUCUCGGCGGCCUGGUGUCGCAUCUAAUAAACUUCCAUUGCCCUUGCAUCGUUAAGUAGCUGUUGCCAGGAUUCAGAACAGUCUAGCUUUGGCAGAGCAGAGCAUCAUCAACGCCUUCGCUGUGAAUAGCUGCCAGUCAAGUGCAACCGAAGCAGACGAGAAGCUAAGAGGAAGUCGCUGCGUACUGGGCAAACCAGAAGCGUAACCCAGUUUGAAGGGGAGAGGAGGGCGUUGCCAGUCGAGAGGCUUGCUGAACAUCCCGAUCAACACCAUGCACUCGCGAAGCGCAAUCCUCUUAACAGCUGUGGCAUUCGUCCUACGGACCGCGCUGGCUCAUGGCGGCGAAGAUAUGGCUAUGAGCCAUGGCGCAAUGCCAGCGCCUGCGGACGAAGCGCCCGAGCACAAGAUGGCCAGUUAUUUCCGUCAUCCAGAAUACUUUGGCUGGAAUCUGGCGCAUACCAGUUUGAUGGUCCUGGCGUGGUUUAUAUUCAUGCCAUUAGCAAUCUUCCUCAGCAUAGCGCGAUCUCGGUAUCAUCUUCCUGCGCAGAUCCCGUUUCACCUUAUCAACGGGCUUGGACUCUUUACCGGCUUCGUCUAUAACCAUUCCACGCCAGACCUAUACCAGAGCAACUCGCAUCAUCCUAUUGGUUGGGUUGUCACCACCUUCACCAUCGUCUGGACCUUCAUGUCCACCUAUGUCGCCUAUAGCGAGCACAAGACCUCCAGACGAGCUUCUUCGGAACAUGGAGGGACACUGAGUGCGCUCAGUGUGUCUCGUUAUGAUGGAGCCCAGCAGUACAAUGACGAAUUUUGUCCAAGAGAUUCGAGAGAUUCCGGCCAAGGUACCGAGCGCAACUCAGCGUCGCUUUUCGGCUCGCGUCAGAACUCUUCAGAGCACGUAUACCAGCAACCCGAAGACUUUGGUGGCGACAGUGGAUUUGAUGAAGAGCACGAAGAGGACAAGGAGGACGAAGAUCCAGAGAAAGAAGGCUUCCUUGGCAACAACAAAUUGGAUCGUUUCGUCGCCAAGAAUGUGCGCAAGCUUUCAACGAAGAGAGCGACGACGGCGGUUCGGGGCUCGCAGAUUGUCCUUGAGAAGCUCUUGCUCCUCCUGGGCUUCCUUGCAAUAACCUCUGGCUUCAUUGUUUCUGGUGGUCUAUUCCGCAAUAGGCAGAUCUUCUCCGGUCUAGCGCACUACAUCAAAGGCGGUAUAUUCUUUUGGUAUGGCUUGCUGACUCUCGGCCGAUGGAUGGGCGCAUUCGCAGAGUUCGGCUGGGCUUGGAAUAUUCGCCCACAACGGCCAGUAGUCUCGAAGUGGAAGGCUGCCAUUCCUUCUGCGGAGUUCACGGAGUCCUUUGUGAUCUGGCUGUACGGCGCGACGAAUGUCUUCAUGGAGCACAUGAACAACUGGGGCAAAGGCUGGACGCCGUCAGAUCUCGAGCACCUCAGCAUUACGGUGUUGUUCUUCGGAGGUGGCCUGCUAGGAAUGAUGCUGGAAUCGAAGUGGCUUCGCGAGCUGUGGAACACUCCGGUCGUAGCCCAAAAGACCAAGGACGUAGGGCUGGCGGGCGAGCCGCAUCUAGAAGAGUCGGAACGUUGGGAAGAGCCAAAGACAUGCCGCGUUCCACUGAAUCCCAUGCCGGCAUUGACGAUCAUGCUUCUUGGCAUGAUGAUGGGAGCUCACCAGCAGGAGAGUAUGGUCAGCACCAUGAUGCAUGCGCAGUGGGGCGGUCUUUUCACUGCGUUCGCUCUAGCCAGAGGAGUGACGUACAUUUCGAUGUGGUUGAAGCCGCCGACGUCGCAUUUCCCAUCGAGACCGCCUAGCGAGAUCGUUGCUGCAUUCUGUCUGACGAGUGGCGGCAUCAUGUUCAUGAACAGCUCCGCUGACAAUGUCUGGGCGAUCGAGUCGAACGGCCUGGACGCCAUGACUAUCUUCACCUGCACCAUGGGCAUUACCGGUAUCACCCUUGCAUGGGAAGUUAUCCUCUUUGCCAUAAAGGGAUGGGCGGUGCGAAAGGAGCGCGCUGCUGGCGGCGAGCCGCUGCCAUGGAAGUAGAUGAGCAAGAGCUGGUUUCUCUUCGACGAAAGUAAUGUUGGAGAUGGGCCGGCUUUGAAUAGAACCUAAAAAUAAUACCCCGACGAGAAGAGAUGAGUAAAGUCAAGAGUUGGGAUAGUAUACGGCCUUUUGCAUUGUGUGGGCAGGCCUUUGUCGCGGUCUUGCAUAGCGACACGAUACCCAUUUGUUGCUGCCGUUCACUUGGAGCGGCGUUGGAUGGAUCUGGAGUGCAUCACGGAAUAGAUCUACCUUACGAUUAAUGUCUGAAGAUGAUGCUUUAUGCUUUGCCUG